GCGCCUGCGAGCGCCGAGCGGUGUGGUGCUCCCCGCCCCCGCCCCCGCCCCCGCCGGCAGCGCCCAGUGCCAGUCGGCCUGUGUGGGCCUGUGCUGGCCCCUCAGUGCGGCGGUCCGCCCGCCUGCCGUGCCUGUCGGUACAUACAGUGGUGUGUUGAGCGCAGUGGGUGCGACUGACGCCCCGGGAUUGGAGUCUCGGACUGCGCCCCGCCGUUCAGUGACAAUAUUUACCGUGUCGUGUGUCGUGUCGCGGUGUCGUAUAGUGUCGCUGUUCGUCUGUCGCGCCAUUGACCAGUGCCGUACUCCGUGUGCCGUACCAGCUCUCCAUCGCCGUACCACCGUCGUACCGUCGUACCGGUACACUCUCCACCAACGAAGCACCGUGCAGCCGUCCGGCGCGGCCGCACGGAGCGGUCAGUGACCCCGGCCGGCCGGCACACGGCGCUGGUGAAAGGUGUUUGAGAGCGAUAGUGACUGCGCCACCGCCGACCGACCGACCGGCCGACCGCCCGACCGGCCGCCCGACCGCCCGACCGCCCGACCGGCGCUGGCAGAUUGGGAUACAGAACUGCUCGGCAUCCACAGUUUGGGGAGCUGCGACUCCCGAUCAGCCAUUCCAGCUCGACCGUCUUCGGUCACCGCGAGGAACGCGUUCCGCACAGCUUCCCGUGGCUCCGUCUCCAAGCUAAACGUGACUGACUCCGUCGGUUCCGGCCUCGCUUACAUAUAGGGUCGUCAAGAUACCGGUCUCUGAGGGCGUCUGACCGUCUGGGCGGAGACAAAACCAGUCGCGCAGCCCGACGCCGGGAGGAGGCGCCCUCCGCGGCCCGCGGACGGUCCUGAGGAGCGACACCGGCCGGUCAGCCACCCCCGGACGGAGCGCAGCGGGCCGGCCGGGCCGACCGGCGAGCGCGGCCCGUCACCGGUAGGCCGAUGGGCCGGCUGGGCGCGGCGCUCGACAGUCGUCAGGGUCCCCUCGCCACCCAGUCGCCGGCCACCAUGACGCCGCGGCCGCCCAAGAAACGCUACCUCAUGGAGUACCCGGCCAGGUUCGGGUCGCCUGUGACGGAGAUGUCUCGUCCUCCGACGGACCGGACGGGUCCGGCGGUGUCGGCGGCGCCCGGCCCGCCGCCGCAGCCGGCCCCUCCGUCGGCCCACCACCACUCCGCUCCAGCGGCGCACCCUCCGCACCACCCGGCCCACCUGGCUCCCAGAGCGCCGCUGGGCACCGCCAACGGCAGCGUCAACGGCGGCCCCAAGCGGCGCCUCUCGGAUGACGCACAGCCGCUGAACCUGACGUUAGCAGCCACCACGGCGGCGCCGGCGCCCUCGCAGAUCUCCGCUCCGCCCCCGGUACAGGUGUCGGCGCCGGCGACCACCGGGCGCGGCUCGACCCGGCCGCCGCCGGCGCCCCUGCCGUCCGAUCCCGAGACGGAGGUCCAGUUCUCGAGCCUGAUGGACAGGGUGGUGGAGGGCAUGCUGCCGCCGCGCGACCCCGCCGAGACGGAGCGGCAGGGCGACCCGCUGCGGCUGUGGUUCACCAACGAGUUCGACUCGCGGCAGCAGCCGGCCGGCCGGGCGCCGCCGCCGCCGCCGCCGAAAGUCUCCAACACAGUGACUGUCCAGAGUGUGACCAGUGUGCCGACCGCGCUGGUCGGUGGACCGCAGAAAACGCCGACCAAGCCGCCACCGCCCCCGACGGACACGCGGCAUUACGCUCAGGACAUGGCGAUGGACAUGAGUAAGCCGGCGCGCUCACCGGUCGCUCCAGGUAGGUGCCGGCCGGGCCCGGUGGAGCAGCGACUCGGUGACACGGCCGCCGCCUCUGCCACCGUGCACGCGGCCGCGGAACGCACCGGCACCGAGCGGCCAGAUGGAGACGGCGUGGAGGUGAAAAUCGGCAUGUCGGAGGCCAUCAAUCGGGUGAUUGACAGUGUGUACCGGCGCGAUCAGGCGACGGCAGAGCGCAGGAGCCCCGUCCUGGGGCAGUCUCAGCAGUCGGCUGCAGAGGAGAGACUCGCAGCUCAGUCGCCGGCGCGAGAGAGCAACAGGGAACGGGCAGAGCGUGGAGUCCCGGCGGACAGGAGCUCGGCGCCGGUCCCCUCCGCUCCUCUCGACGGUGACAACUCAGAGAGGCCACGCUCGGCCGGCCCCACCAUCGGGGGCGGGCCGGCAGACCCCACCGCCAGCCCCGCAGCGCUCAAUCCUGGUUCCAAGAUCGGAGGCGUGGCGUCGCCUUUGAGAAAGGGCAAAAAGCGCUGUCUGCCAGUCGACAUAAACUCAGCCGAGACGCCGCCGGAGACCGAGUCACCGCUCGGUAAGGACGCAGCGGCGGCCCGGAAACGGAAAGUCGGUAAAGACGAUAUAGUGCGCAUACAAAAAGACGACGUAGAUUCUAAUGGCUCCGACUCACCCAGUCGGAGUCGAGAUCCGCCCAAACCGCCGAUGUCGGGCCAGUGACCGGCGACCGGCGGCAACUAGCGCCACCUGUGGACGGUGGCGCCAACCAGAACUGAACUGCAGACGCGGGUACAAAUAUAGAGGGCGGGUGUGGCGGCGGGCGCUGGGGGUCGCUGGCUGAUGACAGCGACUUUCCCAGCUCAGCUCAGCCCAGCCCUCAUCCCUCUCCGGUGUGCGCGUGCGUGUGCGUGUGCAGUUAUUUAUUGAACACGCGUUGACAAACUGUUAGUUACCGAGUUUUCAUCUGAGCUUCGUCAGCUUCGUGUCUUGCCGGGGUCGAGGAUCUACCGUAUGUGAUGGGCUCUAUUCAACCGCUGCGACCAUUCUUGUCGUGGAUGCCAAGUUUGCGACGCCUCCUCGCAAGAUGAAGUGUCUUUUGCUCAUUUUACUUCAAACGACGUUUUGGUAGGUUUUUAGCUGUGUUGCGUUUACUGUCUUCGAUGUUUUGAACCGUUUUGCUUCUUGGCAGUGAAUCUACCAAUCUUGCCCCGUUGCCACGUGAAUAAGCCACCAAUCAUGACAGCUGAACCUGAUUCCGUGUCCCGUACGAGUCCUCGGCCCUGGCGGUUGACAGAGGGAUCUUCAAGUUACACUAUGUCGCAUCGACACUUCAUAUGCAAUCGAUGUGUUCACUGUGACCUGUCUGGCUGUCUUGCUGCGAUCGCGUGUGAAUUGAGAGCGAAACCCAUCCCUUCCCACCAGCGCCGACUGCUCUCUGUGCUCUACCCAACUUCUCCCCCACUCUCUCUGACUGCUCUGCCUUCCAAAGCGAAUGGCGUGCGCAGUUGACACACAGUUGAGGGUACAGCACGUGAGCUAAUGUAUAUGGGUACGGCGGGCGCGCGCUCGUGCGGAGUGGGGGCCGUUGUGCAGUUAUCUCAAGAGUCCCGGCGAGGUCCGGACCCGUGUGCGAACGUAUGGUAUGCUAUGGCCGUGCGGGAUAUGAGUAGAUAUCUUCAAAAUGUGUGUUUUAUGUAAUGUUACUGCCUGUUUUGGAAAUAAACAAAUCAGUGCA